CAAUUAGGACCCGAACAUAAUUCAAUUGUCAUCGUAUCUGUCAAUGUCAAAACAAAGAAUUGUAAUCGGAGCGGAGUUAAUGAGGAAAAAAACUAAAUAAUUAAUUAUUUUCCGCGUAAAAAUAGCAAUCAAUAUGUAAUAUUACGAACCCACAGUGCGCGUAAAUCACGAAAAUGGCGUUGAAUAUAGACAGCUGCGACAGUUUGCCUCCUGACGAGGAGCCAAAACUCAAGUACGAUCGGAUGGGCAACGAUGUACAAAACAUUCUGUUGAAAGACGCAGUGAGCUGUAUUUGUGUGCAUACGAAAUUUAUAUGUUUAGGAACUCAGUGGGGUGUGAUUCACUUGUUGGACCAUGAAGGGAACACGGUGCCAUUAUCUCAAGAUGGUAAAGACAAGGAAUUGCAGGCUCAUGCGAUAGCUGUGAACAGGAUAUCAGUUGAUUUGAACGGGGACUACAUCGCGAGCUGCUCGGACGACGGCAAGGUGCUGGUGUACGGGCUGUACACGGACGACAACGCUCACAACUUGAAUCUCGGACGGGUGGUCAAGUCUGUGGCUUUGGAUCCUUAUUACUUCAAGUCGGGGUCUGGAAGGAGGUUUCUCACAGGCGACACCAAGCUGACGCUGUACGAGAAGACGUUCCUGAACCGACUGCGCAGCACCGUGCUCUGCGAGUGCGAGGGGCACGUGCAGGCCGUGGCCUGGCACGAGCGCUUCGUGGCCUGGGCCAGUGAGGUCGGAGUUCGGGUGUACGACCUGGUGGCGCGCUGCUCCCUCGGCCUCAUACCCUGGGAGAAGACCAGCGUGGACUCAAUCGAGGACUACCGCUGCAACCUCCUCUGGUCUGCGCCCAAGACCCUCAUGAUCGGCUGGGUCGACACCAUCAGGAUAUGCGUCAUUCGAAAACGAAGUCAAAUCGAACUCCAGACUAGAGACGAUACGGAAUACCUCGUCGAUCCUGUCUAUACUUUCCAAACGGAUUAUUUCAUCAGUGGUUUAGGACCUCUGGAAAACCAAUUAGUACUCCUAGGAGUACCUAAAGAGUGUGAUGCAGAAACCAUGAAAGCGCAAAGACCGGUGUUAGCGGUCGCUGAUUAUAAAGAUUGCGAUUUCAGCGAGGUUUCAACAGAUAGUCUGAACAUAAGAGGCUAUGAGGAGUACUCCUGCAACGAUUACUAUCUAGACAUGCUUAUUGAAGAGAAUAGAUUCUUCAUAGUAUCGCCUAAGGACAUAGUGAUUGCCAGUCCAUAUGAUAUCGAUGACAGAGUCAACUGGCUAACCGAGCAUGGCCGGUAUGAGAAAGCUAUAAGUGUCUUAGAAGAAGUCGGGGGAAAAACGAACAAAAAUUCAGUAAUGACGGUUGGCGUUCAGUACUUAGAUCACUUGAUGUCUAAACACUUAUACAGCGAAGCGGCCAUAUUAUGCGCGAGGAUAUGUAAGAGUGAUAAAGCUAUGUGGGAAAAGCAGAUCUUAAAAUUUGCUGAAGUCAAUCAGCUGAGAGCGGUCAGCGCUUAUGUCCCUAAAACCCCUGAGAAAGCCCUCAGUUCUCAUCUAUACGAGUUAAUCAUUUAUGAAUACCUCAAAGUGGAUCCUCCAGGAUUCCUCAAAGUUGUCCAGGAGUGGAACCCUGGGCUGUACAAGACGGGAAUCAUCGUCAAAGCUGUGCUGGAACACAUUCUUACCACCGAAGUAGAUAAGAAUAUCUAUUUAGAAGCACUCGCCUUACUCUAUUGCCAUCAAAAGAAAUACGAUAAAGCUUUAACCACAUACUUGACACUCGGCCAUAACGACGUCUUCACACUAAUAACAACUUACAAAAUGUACAACGUCAUACACAAUAAGAUUUUAGAACUAAUGACACUCGACUGUGAUAAAACUCUUUCUAUUCUUGUCAACUCACGCGAUAAAAUACCUGUAGAAGUUGUUAAGAAGCAAUUGGAAAACCACGACAUGUAUCUCUUUAAGUACCUUGACGCAUAUAGUAAGGUAGAACAGAACGGGAAAUACCACGGAGAGUUAGUGAAGCUAUACGCUAAAUAUGCAAGCGCAAAGCUACUUCCAUUUCUUAAAAGCAGCGAUAACUAUCCCAUAGAACAAGCACUAGAUAUCUGUCAAAGCAAUAAUUUCUACCCCGAAAUGGUAUUUCUACUUGGUCGAAUAGGUAGAACGCAGGAAGCUCUCCAGAUCAUAAUAGAAAAACUGAAUGAUAUAAACCAAGCGAUCACUUUCUGUCAAGAGCAUAACGACACUGAACUUUGGACAGAUUUGAUAAAACAAACAGUUGACAAGCCAGAAUAUGUAUCUCUCCUCCUCAAGCGGAUAGGGAAUUACUUAGAUCCCCGGAUGUUAAUAGAAAAUAUUCAGCCCGGGUGUGAAAUAAAAGACUUAAAGGAUUCCCUUGCAAAAAUGAUGUGCGAUUACCACUUACAGCUGUCUGUUCAAGAAGCCUGCAAGCCGAUAACUUUAAAAAACUACUUCGAGUUACAUGAAAAAUUAAUCCUCGGGCAGCAGAAAGGAAUAUCAGUGACAGAUGACUUUGUAUGCAGUAGCUGUCUAGGGAGGAUUAUCACUAGAGACUUGUCGAAGGCGUCUGAUCUGAUAGUGUUUAACUGCAGGCAUUCGUUCCAUAUAGAGUGUUUGAGGCAAGUGGCGCCAUCUCUAGACCAUUGCGCGGUGUGCAGCGCGAGCGCUGACGCCAGCAGAGCGUUUGGGGACCCGAGCGGGGCUAACUAAACAGAAGGUGCACCUUAAAGGCUCAUCAAACGCAUAACGCGCUAGGUACUCGUCCGUUUCUAUAAAAUUUAACACUACACAAAACAGGGACACUAAUACGCGCGCGAUGUGUUGCAAUAUCGCUUGUGUUGUGCUAGCCCUUUGGUAUGAGGCACCUGUCCCACCGCCGACGAGAAAACGACAAGCUAUCGACCAUUUUCUUGCUCAAAAAAAACAUACAACCUAAUUUAACCUUCUUUGAGAUUUGGAAGUCGGUUAAAAAUCAACUUGAAGAUGUAGAUUCCUUGUGAAUAAAAGAGAUGCAAUUAUUAUUCCAUGAUCGCUUAUUGUUUAGAACUUUCAAUGAAAAUUUCGUUAAGCAUCGGCGGUGUGGCAGACGCCUGAUAAUGGUAAAAGGAACUUACCUACGAAACGAACACUAUUGGCUACUAGUAAGUCAUACAAGCUCAACCCUAGAUAGAACUGCAUAUUCGAAAUGUAUUCAUAUUUUUCCAUGUAAAAUUAGGUUUAUUUUGUACUAAAACUUAUAAACGUUGUAAAGUCCCCUUGAAUAAAUGAAGCGAUUUCAAAACCUUGGGCUGUGCCUACAACCUACGCUAAUCCACAUUCUAUGUUUCACCCUUUGAUUGCCAAGGAGGCCGUCUUAGAAAGCAUCAUAUUUUCAAGUACCUAAGAAUCCUAAUACAUUUGUUUGUACCAAUUAUGCUGGCGUGUGCAUGACAUUUUAGGACAAAUGGCAUUAUACUUAGGCGUUAUUAUAUUUAAUUUAUUUACGUCUGCUGGCAACGCAAUCCUGUUUAAAUGUGUACAAUAAGCUGAUAACUGAUCCCCCUGCAAACAAGUUUCUAUGCAGGAAGUCAGUUAAAUCUGCAACUUACUGUACAAAUAUUUAUUGAAGGUGACUGUACAUACACGUAACAUAAUUAACAAUAUUCAUAUACUUAAUAUAGAAUACAAAUGAUGUGUCGGUGCUUUUAUAAUGAAGUGGCUUGUAAUAAAUUCAUUAUGCCAAUUAAA